GCUACUUCGGUGACAGUUGUGUCAGCGCUUGUGCCCUCAACCCCUGCCAGUCCCCGGCCACUUGCACCCGCAAACCGGGCACGGCGCACGGCUACAUGUGCGAGUGUCCCCAAGGUCACUUCGGUCCCUACUGCGAGCACAAGCAGAGUGGGCACAUGGAGGGCAUGGUGGGUGUGCAAGGGGCAUGGUGGGUGUGCAAAGCUGGAGGGCAUGCGACCGGGUGUCACUGCUGUCACCCUCUGUCACCCCCUCCUGACACCCCUCUUUGCCCCGCAGUCAACUACGACAGCUGUCCCCGUGCCAUCGAGGCCAACAUUUGGUGGCCCCGCACCCGCUUCGGGUUGCCCGCCGCUGCCCCCUGCCCCAAGGGGUCCGUCGGCACGGCGGUGCGACACUGUGACGAGCACAAGGGCUGGUUGCCCCCCAACCUCUUCAACUGCAGCUCCCUGGCCUUCGCCCCCCUGCGCCGUUGGGCGGAGCGGUUGGCGAGGAACGAGUCGGUGCUGGACCCGGCGCAGUCGCGGCGCGUGGCCCUGCAGCUGCAGGAGGCCACUGGCCACACGGCCACCUACUUCGGCAGCGACCUGCGGUUGGUCUACGCGCUGGCCACGCGGCUACUGCGCCACGAGAGCGCCCAGCGGGGCUUCCGUCUGGCUGCCACCCAGGACGUCCACUUCACAGAGGUGCCACCACCGGGGGGGACAAGCCAGGGGUGGGGCACGGCGGUGCGACACUGUGACGAGCACAAGGGCUGGUUGCCCCCCAACCUCUUCAACUGCAGCUCCCUGGCCUUCGCCCCCCUGCGCCGUUGGGCGGAGCGGUUGGCGAGGAACGAGUCGGUGCUGGACCCGGCGCAGUCGCGGCGCGUGGCCCUGCAGCUGCAGGAGGCCACUGGCCACACGGCCACCUACUUCGGCAGCGACCUGCGGUUGGCCUACGCGCUGGCCACGCGGCUACUGCGCCACGAGAGCGCCCAGCGCGGCUUCCGCCUGGCUGCCACCCAGGACGUCCACUUCACCGAGGUGCCACCACCGGGGGGGACAACCCAAGGUGCCCUCCUGGACAGCAGCAACAAGCGUCACUGGGAGCUGAUCCAGCAGACGGAGGGGGGCACGGCCUGGCUGCUCAAGCACUUCGAGGACUACGCCAGCGCCCUGGCCCAGAACAUGCCCCAGACCUACCUCAGCCCCUUCACCAUCGUCACCCCCAACAUCG